CCGCGCAGUAAGAGCGCGAUGCUUCAGCCGCCCUGCUCACUGUUUCUGGCCAGUGCCAUCUUACUGUUUGGGCCGCAGUUGCUCCGCGCUGCCUGCCCACCCAUGGUCCAGGUCUAGGCCGCACGCCCUGGCCUGCUGUGCUCUGCUGUGCUCUGCGGCGUGUCGCCGUGCCUGGCCUUGCAGAAGCUGCUGCAUGGUGUUUGAUAUGUACGGCUUAUAUGUACGGCUUGGAAGUUAAAGUUGCCCGUCUCCCCCACUCGUCAUGCUCCAUCUCAUCUCGACAUACCACAUCACAUUACUUCACAUCACAUCACCAACCACAUUGACCACAGCUCCACCUCGACACACUAACAGACAUCUAAUCCUGGUAUCGGCUCGUGAAUCUCUUCUUUUCCUUUUGUCUUUUUUCCUUUGUUUCCCCUUUUCUUUGUCAGCAACACUCGGCAACAAUGUCCUUCCAGCCCAUGCCCCAGCAGCAGCUGCCCAUGAUGAACAACAGCAGGUCUCAGACCAUCUCGUACGCCGACCUCAUGAAGCCCGACGAGGACUGGCGCGUGCUCCCCGACGCCGCCGAGCGUAGGAAGAUCCAGAACAGGCUGGCCCAGCGUGCCUACAGGCGAAACAUGCGUGACCGCACAAAGGAGCUCGAGAAGCUCAAGAAGGAGCUGGCCAAGCUCAAGGAGAACAAAGAGGCCGACCAGGGCCGCCUGUCGCCGCGCCUGACGCCGCCCAUGCAGCACCAGCAGGUGCAGCGCCCGCCCAUGCCCAUCAUGGCCACGCCCGAGGACUUCCUCUUCGACGGCAGCGUGCAGGACGCCGGCAUGGGCAUGCCCACACCCCAGUGGGCCACCGAGCCCUUCCCGCAGGCCAACUUCGCCGACCAGGGGCUGCACAUCGACCCUGGCUACUUCAUGGCCGGCACCGACGCGUCGGCGCCCUCGAUCAAGCGCCGCCGCGCCGGCAGCGCCACCGACGAGGCCAUGACGCCCACGCGCCAGAACUCGGGCCUGUCGGUCGGCUCGGGCACCUUCCGCCCGGGCCACCAGCGCGCCCGCUCCCACACCCCGAUGUCGUCGCCGCCCAUGGUGCAGCCGGCCACGCCGCCGCCGCAGCCGGGCGCGUCCAUGGCCGACAUGCAGCAGCAGGCCUCGCAGCUGCUCUCGCUCUCGCCCUGCGGCUUCAACCUGGGCGGCGGCGCCACCGACUCCAUGGGCCUGCCGCCCAUGGACGCGGGCUCGCCACCCUUUACGCUCGACGGCUUUACCGAUCCCAUGCAGACUGGCAACUUUGACCAGGGCCUGUGGACGCCGCCCAUGCCCGGCAGCGGCAGCAUGUACGGGUCGUUCCUGACGCCGCCCACCAACGACGGCGCCGCAUCACCGCCGUGGCAGCAGUCGACGCCCUCGACCAUGCGCAGCGAGGCCAUGGGCCGCUCGCGCAGCGCCAGCGCCUCGACCGUCAGCCGCUCCUCGCCCUUUUCGUCGGCCGCCAGCCAGUUCUCGGCCGGGUCGCCCAACCUGAAGCCCGUCAACGUCGUGGGCCUGAACCUGAACAUGAACCUGGACGGCUGCGACGACGACAGCAACAGCAACAACACCAACAACACCAACAACACCAACUUUGCCGACCUCCCGGCGCCGCUCACGCAGACCAACUCGACGCUGCUGCACCUCGCCGUGGCGGGCGGGCACAUCCAGGUGCUGCAGCUGCUCCUGCAGCGCUGCGACGUGCCCAUCAACGCGCGCGACGCCGCCGGAUACACGGCCCUUCAGCGCGCCGUGUGCGCCGGCCGCAUGGAGAUGGUGACGAUGCUGCUCGAGGCCGGCGCCGACUUCAGCGCCGGCCGCCAGGACGAGGCGCCCGUGGAGGGCUGCCAGGCCGAGAUGGCCGCCGACGCCGCCCCGGCCUCAUAGAGCUCUUGAGAGCUCGACGCCUUGAUUCGCGGGCUUCUUUUUACCAAAUACCACUGCAUAGAAACUGGAGUCUUGGGCGGCAU